AUGGGUUCUAAAAUAACAUCUGAGUCUGAAAAUAUGUCUUCAGUUGAAGGAAUGAAAAUUCCUUCGAUUGAACUACCAAAUGAAUUAUUUGAGAAAAGUCUAGAUCCAUGGAGGUUCUCUUUGAUUGGUAGAUUAAAUUUACAUAAAAUCAAAUUUAUAGAUGCUGCAAUAAUUCUUCGAAACCAAUGGAAGUUAAUUAGAGAAUGUAAACUAAUUCCAUUAGGUAGAGGUUUCUUUACCAUCAAAUUGGAUAAUGCUACAGAUCGUGAUUACAUCAAAUCUCAAAUAUGGGAAGUUACAGAUCAAGUAUUGAAAGUAAGAAAUUGGGUUUAUAAUUUCAGACCUGCUAGUCAAAGAACUUCUAAGGCUUUUGUUUGGAUGAGAUUUCCAGGUUUAGGUCUUGAAUUCUGGAGUGAAUCAAUUCUCUUUAAGAUAUGUAAGGAGAUUGGAACCCCAAUUAAGAUUGAUGCAGCAACAACUAAAUGUGAUGUUAGAUAUUGUGCAAAUGUAUUGGUUGAAGUAGAUUUUGCUUUUCCAAUCCCAAACAAAGUAUGGAUAGGGACAAAAUAUGGGGGUUUCUUUCAGGAAGUUUCCAUUCCAGAUUGUCCAAAAUAUUGCAGUACUUGUAAAAUGCAGCCUAAUUCAGCUUCAGCAAAUGAUAAAAAUGAAACUAUAUCAUUGAACAAGCCUUUUGAUAUUUGUGAUAGAUCAGAAUGUGAAAAUGAAGAUUCUGUCAUUCAUACCAUUCAUGUUACUCCAACAGUUCAAGUUGCUCAAACUAAUAACAUUGGUAAUACUGGAAGAUUUAGUCCUCUUGAAUGUGUACAAGAAAAUAAUAUUCUUGAAGACACUGAAGUUCAUGAAGAAGUACAAGCUGAUGUUCUAGAAACUCCUCAAGUCAAAUUUAUUGAUGGUAAAACAGGGAAGGUUUCAGAUGAAACUGUUAAGGUUACUUCAUGGUCCAAAGUGGUUGAAAAGAAGGUGAUUAAUCCUUCUCCUUCUACUUCUCAAAAUUCUCCAGGUGCAGUAAAAGGUGGUAAUCCAGCUGUUGCAAAUAACAAAUACAACUUCAGGAAAAAUCAAGGUAAGGGAGGAACCAAAAAUCCUCCACCACCUAGAUGA